AUGCCUGUGCUGGAUUUGUUUUUUGGUUACCACUCUCUCCAGUUUCCUCUCAAUCGCUCUGAAGAUGAUCCUCCCAGCUGCUCUGAAGAUAAUCCUCCCAUCAGCACUGCGGAUAAUUCACUUAGUCCAUAUGAAGAUAAUCCUCUCAGUCGCAAUGAAGAAAAUCCUCCCAUCCAACCUGAAUAUAAUCCUCCCAGCCGCUCUGAAGAUAAUCCUCAAAACCGCUCUGGAGAUAAUCCUCCCAUCCAAUCUGAAAAUAAUCCUCACAGCCGUUUCGAAUAUAAUUCUCCCAGCAGCUCUGAGGCUAUGGAUACACGUGCGGAUGUUCGGCGCAGUUUCAGUGCAGUUUUUAAAAAAGCCAACCUCUGCAUAAAUACGCUAGCAGUUUCA